GCACUGUAGCUCAAACCUGGAGCUGUAUCACGCCUCUUCUUGGUUGGGGGAUGGGCUUCCAGGCUGUGUACCCCCCCCUCUUAUUCUUUUUAACUCUUUUGCCUUAAAACAAAGAAACUAGAAACCUUGGUUGAAUGUGUAAGGUAACUUAAAACGAGGUUUUUAUUGUACUAGAGAGAGAGAGAGAGAGAGAGAGAGAGACGAAUGACGACUAUUCUCAAUUUGUCCUCUCCUUUGUUGCAAGCCUUCAACUUCCCUUGACAUCUGUUUAGCUUCGACGGUCAUUCGAAAUCCAGAGAUGGGUUUAUUGGAACCGAUAAAUUCCAUUGACUGGCAGCAGGAAUCUUACCCACAGUACGAUGAUUUCAAAGUUCUUCCCUUCCUCGCUUUGUUCUUCCCGGCAGUGCGGUUUUUUCUCGACCGUUUUAUUUUUGAGAAACUGGGAAGACUUCUCAUUUUCGGAAAAGGGCAUCAGAUGCUGGAGGCUGAUAUAGAAGAGAGAAGGAGGAAGCUCAAGAAAUUUAAGGAAUCAGCAUGGAAAUGUGUUUAUUUCCUUUCAGCAGAGCUUUUGGCUCUCUCUGUUACUUAUGAUGAGCCCUGGUUCACUAAUACCAGAUAUUUUUGGGUAGGGCCAGGAGAUCAAAUCUGGCCUGAUCAAAAGAUUAAAUUAAAAUUGAAAGGAUUGUACAUGUAUGCUGCUGGAUUUUAUACAUACUCCAUAUUUGCUCUGAUCUUCUGGGAAACAAGACGUUCAGACUUUGGGGUGUCAAUGUCUCAUCAUGUAGCAACUGUCAUUCUCAUUGUGUUAUCUUACAUACUCAGCUUUGCUCGUGUUGGUUCAGUUGUUUUAGCUCUUCAUGAUGCAAGUGAUGUGUUUCUGGAAGUUGGAAAGAUGUCAAAAUACAGUGGCUGGGAAAGGAUUGCUAGCUUUUCGUUCAUUCUUUUUGUCUUGUCAUGGAUCAUACUUCGUCUCAUAUACUAUCCAUUUUGGAUACUUCGAAGUACAAGCUAUGAAGUUUUACUUACAUUGGACAAGGACAAACACAAGAAAGAUGGACCCAUCUACUAUUAUGUGUUCAAUUCUCUCCUGUUUUGCUUGCUUGUUCUUCAUAUAUAUUGGUGGGUGUUGAUAUAUCGGAUGCUUGUAAAACAAAUCCAAGCCAGAGGCCAGAUUAGUGAAGACGUUCGAUCUGAUUCUGAAGGUGAAGGUGAACAUGAUGAUUGACCCCAAAACAAGUUUGACAGUCAUAUAUGCCUGCCAAGGUGCACAAGCAAUUCAUGAUUGAAUCAGCAUUGACAUUAUUAUUUUUAUUUUUGGUUUUGCAGUUACCCUCCCUCAUGAUACUUGUUAUUUAGGGCUAAAGGAAAACCUUCUCUCUCGUUCUUCCUUGUGAUAACACUCAUUAGUUCACAGAUCUUGACCUCCACUUGCUUCACCAUGUAAGUUUUAUUCUUUGGACAUACAUUCAAGUAAAAGAACCUCAUAUUUGGAGUUGUCUUUGAGCAGAAGAGAGAAGAAAACUGCAACUGUGACAAACUAGGUCUUAGUUAGGGAGGCUUUUUUUUUUCCUUUUCUUUUCUUUUUCUUGUUCUUUGUUGGGGGGGGGGGGGAUUUUUUCACGUCUCAGUUUUUGGUCCACAUGAUUUAUCACCUAGGUCUUAAUUGUAAGUUUGAAGUUGUAACAUUUUGUUGUAUAACGCUUGGGCCUUGACCCCAAUUUUAUUGGAAACUUGGAUUAAUCUGAAUGUGAUUUUUCAUUUA